CUUGGUGAGUCUGUCAGUAGUAUCUCCUCUGACUCUGUGGCGAGUGGUUGUGUGCCCAUUUCAUCCGGAACCCCUCAUUUUUGAAUGACUCACUGGGACGGAUAAUGCCUGAACUCAGCAGAGACCUUUUGUCGUCAAUGAAGCAAAAAGAGUGUUAAUUACUAUGUGAUCUUGAGUGACGAGACCAUUAAGCAGACUAUAGUUAUGCAAUGAAAAAGAUAAUUGUGAAAUACUUCGUGCAUAGUUGCGUAAUACGGAAAAAUAAUUACCAGAUUAUUUUGUGAAUAUUUCUUUGUUCUGCAGAGGUGAAUAUCCAGUGACAGAAAUAAAUCAUGAUCGAUGUAAAUAUUGAUUUAACAACUAACGAAUUUACCUGGCAAGAAGAACCGUAAAAUUCAUACAGUAUCACACUAAACAUCUGACUGAAAUCAGUGUUUGCUCAAGUUUAAUUCAGGAGAAACAACUCAAUUCUUGUAUGGUUCAAGUCGGAUGUACCCCUUGUCUGUGUGUGUGUGUUACCACUUGUUACCACUGAGAAAAACCUUUUUGUUUGUCAAUCCCCCGACCGAAAGAGAUCUAUUUUACGAUGUUUAGAGAAAGUUCUCCCGUGUAAACGAAUCUGCAACCAACGGUCAACAGCGACGUCUCCUGUUCUGCAAAUUCCCCGUCCAAUAAACCACAACGUAAGCUGAGAGCUAAAGGCUUCCUUUUUUUAAUGAAACAGGGAGCAUAAGCAAUUGCUUGGCUGGUGCGUUAUUGCAAAUUCCCAAAAGUGAAUCAGAUGCGGAGCAGGGAGGGGGAGAAGGAAUAGGAGGAGGAAGGGCCCAGGCAAGUCACUCAGCGGUCCGUCUGAGGAUUAGGUAACGGAGAUGCGAGAUAAACAGUCAUGCGUCGAGAAACCGCGAAUCUUCUUACAUCGAGUGAAAACACACCUGGUCGUCGAGGUCUGUUUUGACAGCCCUCCCACGUGAUGUGAAGUGCCCUUUUGCCCCUCUUAAGUGAUUAAUGCGAAUUAUCAAAGCACCGUUAAACUAUCAGAUUGAAAACACAGCUAAAACGAAGAGGAGUAUACUUUUAAAAGUGACUGAAUGGUUAUGAGAAUGUAACGGGAAACAGAAAAUAGAAGAUGCCUUGGCUAAAGUUGUGGAUCUCCCGUCCUGGGAACUCUUGCGUCCUUCUGAUAAGCAGAUUCUUUAGAAAUAGGAAAUUUCGGUGAAGUAUUCACUCGUUCCCCUUUGCAUUAACGUACUGUGUCGACGCUUACUGUUAGGCCUAAGAUAAACGAAAAACUAAAACAACGACCCACUGUGCUGACGAAACCGCCUAACCAUUAGAUUUACGACCUCUAAACGAGGAACAGUUCAUGAGGAAUAAACUCACGACUUCGAAAUAGCGAGGAACAACUCAUGAUAAACAACUCUAGGGACUUCGAAGCGAGGAGCAUUUCAUAAGAAACAACUCUAGCGAGUUCGUAAAAGCGAAGAACAGUUCAAUAGAAACGUACAUUCGACUUCAUAAGAUUCAAACCUCACGACUUCGAAACAAGCAACAAUUCAUGUAGAUAAAACGCUCACGACUUCUUCGAAACGAGGAACAACUCACGAGAAACAACACUCGUGUCUUCGCCCAGGGCGAGGAGCAGUUCGUGAGAAACACUACGAAUCCCAUCUGAAAUCUCGUUGUCAUAUCCAAGAUGGUCGCCGAAGCCAACUACUCGGGGCUAUUCUCAGCCGUCACCACGACCUCUCCAGAGGAACUGAACGGUUCCUUUCCCUCAGAGGUACCUCUGAUUCCCGCGUGGCCCUGUAACCACACGGGGGCCCUCGUCAUGAGGGAGAAGUUUCCCUUUCCAGCCCUCGUCGAGGCCGCCAGAACUCUGGACUACUAUGAAAUCAUGCAGGUCGUCCUGAUCGUCUUCGUUUUCAUCUUCUCCGUCUGCGGCAAUCUAAUCGUCAUGAUCGUCGUGUAUCAGAAUUCCUUCCUGAGAUCGACGGUUAACUACUACUUGGUCAACUUGGCCGUAUCCGACCUCCUCAUUACCGUACUUUGUUGGCCAACGAUCACAAGCCAAAUCACGAAGCCCGUUUACAUUCUGGGACGACCUCUGUGCAAGAUCAACGUCCUCACUCAGACAACCUGCGUCACUGCUUCGGUAAUGACCCUGUCAGCUGUGGCCUGCGACAGGGUAUACGCAGUGAUGUUGCCCCUAAGGGCACGCAGCUCGGCAGCGCGACCCUUAACCCUCAUCGUGGUCAUUUGGAUCAUAGCCGUUACUCUUGCCAUUCCAGCGUUUUUGGUCAGGGACGUUCAAGUUUUUCAGUGGGAUGAUUUCGUAGAGGAGAGCUGUUCUGACAUAAUGUUCAGGUGCAACAUGAACGCCAGUGUCGUCUUCAGAUAUUAUCGCAUUCUGCUUGCAGUGAUGAUAUUCUUCAUCCCGGCCAUCGUGAUGGUGGCAGCCUACGCCAUCAUCCUACUGAGGCUGUGGUGUGUCAAAAGGCCCACGGUGCACGCCCCUUCCUACUCUACGGCACCCCUAAAUCCACACAUGAGAGCCAAACGUAAGAUCGUGAUUUUGACGGCCCUGGUCCUUUUGGCUUUCCUGAUUUGUUGGUGUCCUCUGCAUAUUCUGCAUUUCUACGAUAUUGUCAACCACCAUCCGUUGCCAGCCUGGUUCGCUAAUGUCGAAUUCUGGGCGUAUUUCUUGGGCUACUGCAAUUCAGCACUGAAUCCUCUCUUGUACGGAGGCUUCAGUGACAACUUCAGGCUCGGUUUCAGGAAUCUAUUUCAAAAGAAGAGGUCCACUUCAGAUCAAUUCCAGCUCCCCAGCACCGCAGUGGCCACCUCCUUGUCUCUCAACAGAGGAAGUUCCAUCAAGUUCACGUUCCACCGGAAGUCCCUCCUGCUGCCGACGUUCUCCAACCCUCUGUCGCUCUCCUCUAAGGGGUCCAUUAACAACGGCCUCUCCCGCUACGGCAAGGCGUCGCAAUCGCGAAGGUCGUCUGAAACGACCUCCAACCAGCAACUCUCCAGGCAGUGCUCUCUUUCCAGCACUGGAACGGUGUUGCCGGCGGAGAGAGCGCCGAGCGGCAGCCAAGAAGGACUCCUCACCAACUCGCCAUCUUUCCAGUUUAGCUCUCCUGACGAUUCCCCGAAGAGGUCUGACCCGCUCGGUUUCCCUUCUGCGAGAGAAAGCCAGGCAAAGGACGAGAGGAAGGCCCUCCUUUGUGACAGCCCAGAGAAGAAAGACUGUGGUAGCAGCAACGGGCUCUUCAGAAACUCUCGCAACAGUUCCUUCAGCCAGAGAUAUAGGAGGGACACGUUUUCCAGCAUCAGCGAGGAGGCCAGUCCUUCCAGCGAUUAAAAGAAUGCCUGGAAAGUUCCUUCCAGUGAUUGAUAAGAUGCCUGGAAAGUUCCUUCCAGUGAUUAAGAAGAUGUCUGGAAAGUUCCCUCUAGUGAUUAAGAAGAUGUCUGGAAAGUUCCUUUCAUUGUUGAAGAAGAUACCUGGCAAGUUCCUUCCAGUGAUGAAGAAGAUACAUCGAAAGUUCCUUCCAGUGAUGAAGAUGCCUGGAAUAUUCCUUCUAGUUAGGAGGAAGUGCCUGGAGAGUUCCUUCCAGUGAUUAAGAUGACGCCUGGAAAGUUCCCUCCAGUGAUUAAAAAGAUUCCUGGAAAGUUUCUUUCAGUGAGGAAGAAUAUACCUGGAAAGUUCCUUCCAGUGAUUAAGAGGAUGCCUGGAAAGUUUUUUUCAGUGAUUAAGAGGAUGCCUGGAAAGUUCCUUCCAGUGAUGAAGAAGGUUCCAGGAAAGGUUUUUCUAGUGACUAAGAAAGUUCCAGGAAAGUUUUUUUCCAGUGACGAAGAAGUCUGGAAAGUUCCUUCCAGUGAUUAAAAAGAUGCCUGAAAAGUUUCUUUCAGUUAGGAAGAAUAUACCUGGAAAGUUCCUUCCAGUGAUGUUGAAGAUGCCUGGAAAGUUUUUUUCCAGUGAUUAAGAAGAUACUUGUAAAGUUCCUUCCAGUGAUGAAGAAGAUUCCUAGAGAGUUCUUUCCAUUGAUAAAGAAGAUGCUUGGAAAGUUCGUUCCAGUGAUGAAGAUGCCUGGAAUGUUCCUUCCAGUGAUUAAAAAGAUGCCUGGAAAUUUCCUUCCAGUGAUUAAGAUGCCUGGAAUAUUCCUUCUAGUGAUUAAGAAGAUGCCUGGAAAGUUCCUUCCAGUGAUCAAGAAGAUGCCUGGGAAGUUCAUUCAAGUGAUAGAAGGUUCCUUACCAGUUAAUAAAAGAAGAUGCCUGGGAAGUUCAUUCAAGUGAUGGAAGGUUCCUUACCAGUUAAUAAAAGAAGAUGCCUGGAAAAUUUGUCCAGUGAUUAAGAAGAUGUCUGGAAAUACCUUCUAAUGAUUAAGAAGAUGACUUGAAAGUUCUUUCCAGUGAUUACGAAGGCACCUGGAAGGCUUAUUUUGAAAACUGACUGUAAACUUAAGGAAACAUGAUAUUGAUCUCAAGUCUUAGUGCUAUGUGCUAUAUGCCAGUGUUGCAUUUGCAUGAAUAACCUAGACGUAGCUUUAAUGUGUAACGAUAUUUACCAAAAUAUUAAUGCUAAGGGACGCUGAUAAGUGCAGUAAUUUUCACGAAAGAAUUUCUCGUAUAGAACGUUCAAGCAUUUCGGUUACCGAACAAUAAGUGAAUGCUUGAGUGAAGUAUUGAAUGACAAAUGAACUUUUCUAUUAUUACUUACUUUAAACCUAGCAAUGAAUCCAUUAUUCUCUCGCCCAAAAAAUAUCUAGCCAAUCUCUUCGCUUCUUAAAAAUUGUUCUGCUAAGCUGUAAAUGUUGAAUGUGAUAUUUAUCUGCAAGUUACACAAAAAUUUCCAUGUAUCUAUUAAUAUUUUGCCAGUAUCUAUGUCUAUGUAAUUGUCUGAAUCUAUUGGAAGUCAAAAUCAAGCUAUUUUUAAUAGAAAAUGUUUACUCUCUA